AUGCACACAAGCCGGAGUUUCUACAAUAUGGCGCGGCUGGUGGACAUUAAGCAUCAGCGCGGCUUCUGGUCCAAGGUUCUGAUAGAGUAUGGCAUCUACACACUCUUCAUCGCCUUUGUAUACUUCGUCCUCAUUGGGAUGCCGCUCUGGAAAGGCGCAGUCUUCUGGCUGUACUGGAUCAUGCGACACAAGUUUGUGUUCCAGGGAGGGUGGGCUAUUGUCAUUGCGAUACUAGUCUUUUACACCUAUACUCCGCUCCUCAUCAUCUUCGAGGACAAUGCACCAGGCCCAGAAUAUUACGAGCAACGGAAUAUCGAGCCUAGAGCCCUCAACACGGCUCUCCUCAUCCCAACCUAUCGAUCCGCGCCUAUACUCGGCAACACACUCGAGGCGGCACUGAAGGUCUUUCCAGCAGAGAACAUCUACAUAGUUGCCAACGGAAACUCCUCUACGCCGCUGGACAACACCGAGGAAAUCUGUCGGGAGUACGGAGUGAACCACAUCUGGAGUCCGGUCGGUUCGAAGAUCGUUGCGCUGUUCGUUGGCUGCUACGCCGUCAACCGGUUUCGCUCCGUCCUCGUCAUGGAUGACGACUGUGUGCUUCCACCAAACUUUAUCGUCGUUGCUUCUCGCCUUUCUGAUACAACGCGUUGCAUCGGCUACACGAUAAAAGCCGCAGGUCUUGAAACGAACGAGGCAACAUGGUGCCAGAAAGCGCAAGACCUGGAAUACAAACUCGCCGGGUUACAGCGCUGUUUCUCGGCCACGGUCGGGAGUGCGACUUUUCCACAUGGGGCAAUCUCGCUCUGGGAUCGCGCGUUCCUUCAGAAGACUCUCGAGCACCAUCCCGGAUUCUCUAUUAGCGAGGAUUGGUUUCUGGGCGAUUCGUGUCGCAGGCUGGGCGGGCGGAUCCAGAUGUGCAGUGCUGUGUUUGUGGAAACGAGCACACCAUCCACUUUGCUCUUUGGGGAGAAAAACGCGGAGAGAGGAGGGUUCGGUGAGAUGACCGUCUUUCGACAACGGUUUACACGGUGGAACUUCUUUACCACGACGGGCGUGUGGCACAAUAUCUCUUAUAUAUUCGGAUCGUGGAAAUUAGGAGGAUGGGAAGUCGGGACGAAGAUAUUCUUAACCUGGAAGAUCCAGGUGUAUGAAACAAUCCUAUACCUGUUGACCCCGUUCAUCCUCCCAGUCUCACUCAUCGUCCAGCCAUGGUUCUGCGUCGCCAUGUCCUUUGGUAUACUGGGUCUCUACCUGCUCCAGGUGCUUAUUUUCAACGAGUUUCAUCUUCGACGGAAGAAUGAGCGUGUGAGCAUGUCCACCGUGCUGGGAUUCUACAUGCCCUACAAGAUCAUCAUCAGCUUUAUCAAUGUGGGCAGCUGCUACUGGGCGCUGUUCAAAAUGCGAUACGGAGUGGUCAAGGAGUGGCCAGGGAUAUCAGUAGAAGGUAUCAGAGUCGGAGAAGUGGACAUAGAAGUGUAUCAGGAGGGUGCUGAUGAACUCGGAUACUCUCAUUGA